UCUCACAUGGGGAUGCACAUCCUGCAUGCAUCACAAGGAAUAGAAGAAUCUGGCUUGCAUUCCACUGUUGGUAACAUGUUCCCCUGUGGCUUCUGUGGACAUUUGGGUCACCCAGAUUGUACUAUCAAGCUGAAGACAACAAAGCAUAUGAAGGAGAUUGAUACAUGUUGUGCUUACCAGGUUCCAUUUAAGUAUGGCUUUGGGGAUGCCCAUCCAUGCUGCAAUGUCCCUGUUGUCUGUUUAUUAUGUGUCCACUGGGAUGCAGUGUGGCAUUAUAACAUGCAGCAGCACCUCAACUUCUUCCACCCCAAGUACACUCACCCUGGAAAGGUGAUGGGCCAUCCUUUGCCCCACCAAGUCUUCAAUCUCUUGUAUGUGAUGCCCAUUGAGGAGAAGAAAGCUGGUGUCCCU